AUGGCCGCCCAGUCCAAACUCCUCCCUCCCGAGCGCUCCGUCAAGCGGAUCUUCUCCAGCCUCACCUCCCUUUAUCUCCAACACCGCACCCGCAUCUCGCGCGCCGUCUACCUCGCUCUCUUUGCCGCUCUUGCCAAACGCAUCCACAAUGCCAUCUCUGAGCAAAAAGCCGCGUCGCAGAGACAGGUCGAGCUGCGCCGCCAGCCUGGAACCACCGGUCUCGAGGACGAACAGCCGCGCAAAAAGCGAGUCGAGAUCAACCGCGAGUUCUUCAAGCAUUUGAUGCGCUUGCUCCGCAUUGUUAUCCCCGGAUGGCGCAGCAAGGAAUUGCGGCUGCUGGUUAGCCACAGCGUCUUCCUAGUGCUCCGCACGCUUCUGAGUCUGUAUGUCGCCGAGUUGGACGGCAGGCUCGUCAGUAACCUCGUGCGCGGGAAGGGCAAGGAUUUCUUGCUGGGGCUUGUAUGGUGGAUGAUUGUUGCGGUGCCUGCUACUUUCACGAAUUCCAUGCUCUCAUACCAUCAAUGCAAACUUUCCCUCAGCUAUCGGAAACGCCUGACCGAUUAUAUACACGAUAAAUACCUGUCUAAUAUGACAUUCUACGCCAUCUCCGCCCUCGAUGAUCGGAUCAAGAACCCCGACCAGCUUGUGACGGUUGAUGUGUCGCGCUUCUCCGACAGUCUAGCAGAGCUGUAUUCCAACCUGGCCAAGCCUAUUCUUGACAUGUGCAUUUACAACUACUCUCUGUCCAAGAAUGUUGGUGGCGAGGGGCUGUUCAUUAUGAGUCUGCUGGUGCAGCUGUCGGCCAAUGUGAUGCGCAUGCUGACGCCCCCGUUCGGCAAAUACGUCGCGGACGAGGCUCGCCUGGAAGGCGAGUUCCGUUUCCUGCAUUCGAGACUAAUCGAUUAUAGCGAGGAGGUGGCCCUCUAUCAUGGCCACGAGGCCGAGAAAGAUACUCUGGACAAGGGCUACUUCACCCUGAUCAAGCAUGUGAACCGAAUCCUACGCCGACGUCUUUACCACGGAUUCAUGGAGGACUUUGUCAUUAAGUACUUCUGGGGUGCGUUGGGUCUGGUUCUGUGCAGUUUGCCGGUCUUCUUCAAGAUUCCCGGACAAAUCACCCAGAGUAUGGGAGAUCGCACAGAAAGUUUCGUCACAAACAGGAGGAUGCUACUGUCGUCCUCAGACGCCUUUGGUCGCUUAAUGUUCUCCUACAAGGAAAUUUCUGAGCUGGCUGGGUACACGUCCCGUGUCUCGUCGCUACUGGAAGUCAUGGAUGAUUUGGUGGCUGGACGAUUCGAGAAGAAGCUCGUCUCGUCAGCAUCCACCGAAGAAAAUGCGGCCGUGCUGUCGGGUCGGGGCGAGGUCAAGGAAAGCGACUCUAUCGAGUUCACUGACGUUCCCAUCGUCUCCCCGAACGGAGACGUCCUCGUGCGCAAGCUAUCGUUCACAGUCCACCCGGGCGAGCAUCUGCUCAUUGUCGGACCCAACGGGUGCGGCAAAUCUUCUCUAUUCCGAAUUCUGGGCGGGCUCUGGCCUGUCUACGGAGGCACGGUCCAGAAACCGCGGUUCGAGAGCAUCUUCUACAUCCCGCAGCGGCCGUACCUGUCCCGCGGCACGCUGCGCCAGCAGGUGAUCUAUCCCGAUGGCGUGCGCGAGAUGCGCGCCAAGGGUGUCACUGACGCGGAUCUGUAUGAGAUUCUGUCCGUUGUCGAGAUCGCCUCUAUUGUAGACCGGCCUGAUGGCUGGGACGCCGAAGAGGAGUGGCGCGACGUGCUGUCGGGUGGUCUACAGCAGCGCAUCGCGAUGGCGCGGCUCUUCUACCACCGUCCGCAAUUUGCCAUCUUGGACGAAUGCACCUCUUCUGUGACGCUGGAGAUUGAGAAAGUCAUGUACGAGACGGCGAAGAAGCUCGGGAUUACCCUCAUGACUGUCUCGCACCGACGCAGUCUGUGGAAGUACCACAAGAAGAUUCUCCAGUUUGACGGCCAGGGAGGAUACAUCUUCACGGGACUGGACUGGGAGCGACGGUUGAAACUAGAAGACGAGAAAGACGAACUCGAGCUCCAGCUCCGGGCUGUCCCAGAACUGCAGCGACGCGUCGCCGAGCUGACAUCUUGA